UAAAAUACAUUAAAAUACAGAAACAGAAAGCAUUGAUGAUGAUAUUAGACCAGCUGUUCUGUAUUUUACAACAGUUGAUUUUCACUUGUGCUCUGUUGGGCUUAUUUUCGAUUCUUGUGGUAAUUGAAUUAGUUAUAUUUAAUUUAGACGUUUGAAGGAUAAAAUAGUGUUUUUGUUUGCUGUUAUCCAUAAUGAGUUUCCCAUUGACGAAUCCAAAUAAAGAUUCGAAUAGAGCGGCCUGUAAAAAGUGUGGAUAUGCCGGUCAUUUGACUUAUCAGUGUCGGAACUUUUUAAAGGUCGAUCCCGACAAAGAGAUUUUAUUAGACGUUGAAAGCACAAGUUCUGAUUCGGAACUUGAUUGUAUGACCCCACUUACUGACCUUCGUAUGAAAGAAAUAAAGGAAAAGGAGGCUGAACUUUCGCAGAAGCAACAAAAGAAAAAGAUAAAAACUCAGAAAACGAAAAGAAAGAGAUCCAAACAUAAGAAAACCAAAAAGAAGCACAGCAAAAAGAAAAAUAAGAAACAUAAAAAAACUAUUAGUGAAAAUAGCACCACAUCUGACUCCUCCAUUUCUAGUUCUUCGUCAACCUUAACUACGUCUUCCUCAAGCGAAGCUAGUACCGAAUCCGAUUCUAGCGACAACGAAGAGUCUUCCACGAGCAUAUCUGAUGCACAAGGUCAUAAAAUGAAACGAAAGGGGAAAUAUAAACGAAAAGCAGAUGACGCACAAAUCAGGCGUAAGAAACUUAAAGUGAAACGUAAGCGUUACAGGGCUACCAAUACCACGAGCGAUUCGGAAGAUGAAUCCAGCUCGGAUUGAUUAAGAAAACGAAAGAAUUUAUAGAGACAAAUUACAUUAGCAUUAGGAUUCCUAAACUGCCACGAUAAGUUGUACUCAUCUUUCUGUUUUCAUUAAUUUGAUAGAUUUUUAGUAUAGUUUCAUAAAAUAUGUAGAAUUAUAACCUUUGUGGUCCAACAUUUGCACACAAAAAAAAAAAAAAAAAAAAAAAAAAAAAAAAAAAAAAA